GCCGGCGCCACAAGAUCGUGGCACGCAUGCGCGGUUCGUCCGGUACUUCUUGCACUUCUUGCUCUGGGUAAUCGGGCACGAUACAAGUACAAUCGUUCUGAUAUUGUUGAUUGGUAAUCAACAAUAAUUAGUGGAUUCAAAUCUGACUCUCUCAUUCCAUAUAUUUACGAUUUAAAAUCUCGUAAUUUUAAAGGCUUUUCCUGGAAGCUUAUGAAAAGUUCUAGAAUUCGAAGACUCGGACUACGAGCCGAAGAAAAAGUUGAUUGAAGAAGAAAAAAUUGAAAAGAGGAAUCUUUUCAGAAAGAAGACCUCAGGAUCUCACGAUUUAAUUGAAAUGAUUAUAGUAUCCUGACUCUAUCCUAGUGAAUCUAUCUGUGGAACUGUGAAAAAGAAGAAAUUCGUAUGUGGAUUAAUCUAUAAACUCAUAUGAAUCUGGCAUUUUGAACAUACGCGACGAAACAUUUUGACGAAAAAUGGUAAAGAUAGCUUUAUGCAUCUUGUUCAAAAUGAACAACGUCAAGGAAGUGAGGCCCGAGGGGCGCGAUUUUCAAUGGUGCCUCAAAUUUGUUUGUACUAACUGUUCUGAAAAGUCAGAUACAUGGAACUAUCUUUCUUUGGAUGAGGAAAUACCGAUGCAACGUGGCAGCGGAGUCAAUCAUUUCGUGAGCAAGUGCAAGCUCUGUUCCCGGGAGAACUCUGUAAUGAUAAUUGAGGAUUCGAUCAAGUCUUACACUGCGAAAGAUCAGGAUCAAUACAAGCCAAUGGUCACAUUUGAUUGCCGUGGUAUAGAGCCCAUUGAUUUCUCGGCAAGGGAAGGAUGGACGAUUCAAACUGUGAAUGAAGGUAGCAAAUUUGAUGCUGUAGAUUUGACCGAAGGUGAAUGGGAAGAUUUUUGUGACAAAAUUUUUGAACCUGUCUCUAUAUUCGAAAUCCAGCAUAAUUUUAAGAAAGUCAAGUAAAUUCAUGUUUAGAAGAGGCAUUUCAAUUAUUGAAAUUUUUAUGAUAAAUUAUUUUCUUACCGGUUAAUGAACCACAACAGUGAUAUAUUUGUUAGUUGUACAUAUGUAAAGAUUACAAUUGCAAUCUUGACGCUUCUUUAUAUCACUUUCUAUGCAUAGAUUGUUAAUAUAUAUAAUUUCAUAACAAGAUAUGAAAAAAAUCAUCUAAAAUAGAUUUUUUCAAUGAAUUGCAUUCGUCUUUUGACUAAGUACAAUUUAUAUCUAUAGAAUACAAUUUAUAUCUAUAGAUUCUAUAGAUAGACCUCUAUUUCAGUUUGUUAAAAGGAGAGUUCAAAUUCGGUUAAUCAUAUAAUGGAUAAUAGUAAUUCUUAUAAUUAGUCUUGUAAGAAGUCGUCCUAUUCAUAUUUAUAAAUUUAAGAACAUAGUUAAAUAUGUUUGUUCGAUAAGAGUUAUUCAUCCUGUUUCGUAUAAACAAGCACAGCUUAUAAUAUUAUACUUUGAAAUACAGUCUUUAUAACGUGUAAUAUAUCUUCUUUAUAUAAAAGUAUGUUACUUUGAUAAUGUA